CGAGCUUCAAAGUGCGUGACUCGUGACAUCCCGUCGUCUCGUGUCCAUCACUCCCAGAUAAACACCGUCCGCACACUCUCGACGGCUUUAGCCCCCCGCACGAGCACAGGCAUUCCGCAUUAGGAUCGCGAGGAACUCCUGCGUCCCCAAGCAAUGGCGCUUGUAUCCGGUCCCGGCCGUGGAGGAGGAACCCCUUCCGCCCACCUUCCAGACGAACUGCGCCUGUACGUCGACCAGCACGUGUCCUACAUCCAGGCUCUGGACACCCGCCGCGACGAGUAUGAGUACUGGCUGACGGAACACCUGCGUCUGAACGGCCUGUACUGGGGCCUUACGGCUCUUCAUCUGCUAGGACGGCCUGACGCUCUUCCUCGCGACGAAGUGCUCGACUUUGUCAUCAGCUGCAUGCACGAUGAGGGCGGCUUUGGAGCUGCGCCCGGUCACGACGCGCACAUGUUGUACACCGUGAGCGCGGUGCAGAUUCUUGCAACGCUGGAUGCGUUCGCCGACCUAGAACAGAGAGUGAGCGGGGCGAAGGAGAAGAUUGGUCGGUUCAUUGCCUCGCUCCAGGACGCGACGGGCACUUUUCACGGGGACCGCUAUGGCGAGCCAGACACGCGCUUCCUGUACGGUGCUCUGAAUGCGCUUUCCCUGCUCGGCCUAUUGCACCUCGUGGACGUACCUUUGGCUGUCCAGUACAUCCAGUCGUGCCUCAACGCCGACGGUGGAUACGGCACCUCCCCCGGUGCCGAAACACACUCUGGCCAGAUCUUCACGUGUCUAGCUGCACUCUCCAUUGCUGGCCGCCUCGACACGGUCCGCACCCAGCGUCUUGCUGCGUGGCUCUCUGAGCGACAGAUCGCGUCUGGGCCCGGAAAGGGCGGUUUGAACGGACGCCCAGAGAAGAAGGAAGAUGUUUGCUACUCGUGGUGGGUGCUUUCGUCGCUGGCAAUGCUGGGAAAGGUGCACUGGAUCGACCGCGACGCACUCGUUGCCUUCAUCCUGCGCUGCCAGGACCCUGAGCACGGAGGCUUCGCGGAUCGUCCGGGCGACAUGGUGGAUGUUUUCCACACGGUCUUUGGGCUGGCGGGACUGUCACUCCUAGGGUAUGAGGGGCUGGAAGAGGUAGAUCCGGUGUAUUGCAUGCCGAAGAAGGUCACGGAUCGGGUGCUGGGAAGGAAGGGCGCUGACUAGACGCAAAGUCAAUGUCGAUGAGGGGUUUGCUGCUUCAUAUUGGCUUCGACAGAGCUUACGCAUUUCUGAAUCAUGACCGUUACGACCGCAUAGUGAGCCCCCUCGGCGCCGUCAGCUUGGAGUUAUACGCGGAAAAUUUACAUCGGCCGCCGUUCCUACCAUCCGGUCGUUCUUGACUCUCUGCUGCCAUCUAUGAUGCCGUCACUCUGUGUCCAUUCCACCUUCAUGGUGGGACACCUCCGACUCAGUAUUGGCAGCCAAGGUCAAGUUACUGCUAGGAGGCCUACAAAGAAGACCUACCAUAUUUUAGUCUCGUCCUUUUUCACGACUUGAUGCAAAAGGCCUACAACCCCGAAACCCGCACGAACAUCAUUCGGCGCGAAUGACACAAUGGGCAACUAUGAAGCUGAGAAUCUCCGCAUACAGCCGGUGCGAAAAUGUUGGAGAAAGAUUAUCGAGACUGGGAAUUCAGCGUGCUUUCUGUGAUGUGUGACUGCCAGCUAGAAGACUUGCGCGCUGACCCUCCCGAUCCAGAUGCAAAAUUGGUUGUUUCGGUGGCAUUUCCAUCCUUCAGUCACGUCUUCGUCGAGCAUACAGCGUGCUCGUAAACGUUAACUUGCGUUGACCUAACCGAUGUUUGUGCCAGCGUUUCGAUCUGCUCUUGACUCAACGAGCCACGUAGUGUGCUGGUCUACCCCUUCCCGUGCUAAGCUUCCGCCGAUUCGCCUCACCACCGACUCAGUCUCUGGCUUCGCACACACUUCGGGUACCGGCGGUAAUCCGAAGACCUCUACCUCAGGCCGUAGCCGCUCGUUCAAGCCGUCUCUGCUGUUGGCCGCCGCCAACAGUAGGAAGUCCCUCGACUUCACUGCCUUAAGA